CCACUGAAAGUGGAACGCGGGCCAGAUUUGACAUUUGAAGUAGAACCUAAAGCAGAAUUGGUCAAGGAAUUGUACAGAUUGGAGACAAAUAUGAGUUUACAUUUCGGAGGUGACUCAGGAUUAUAGCUGCGUAUUUCAUUUUCGGUUCUUGGACCUCUUGAAUUUAAGAUGAAGAGAGGGGCACAAGCAUCGGACGAGCCUCUGAAGAAGAGGAAGGUUCUCCAUGAGGACUCCUCUGAUGAAGAUGAGGAGUCUUCUCAAAGAACCCCCAGUCAGGACUCAAGUCAGAGCGAGUCUCUCAGCGAUGUUGAGGAUCACAAACCCAGUUUCUCCAGACCUUCUAAUUCCCAGAAUGCCGAGGGCAAUGAGGCCUCUUCCAAAUUUUCAAUGUAUAACAGAGUCUCUCAGAAACUCAUGGCCAAAAUGGGUUUCAGAGAAGGCGAGGGUUUGGGAAAGUUCGGUCAAGGGCGGAAAGAGAUCGUAGAAGCAUCCACCCAGCGUGGUAGGCGAGGUUUGGGUCUGACCCUGAAGGGCUUCCAGGGCAACCUGAACAUAGACUGGCAAGAUGAGCCGGAGCCAAGUGCUAUAGAAUCAGUGACGUGGUUUCCAGAAAGUUCUCCAGAGAUCCCAGAUGCAGAUGAGCUGAAGGAUUGGAUGACUGUGGGCCAGAAAAAAUUAAAAAUUGAUGAUGAAACUGAAUUUUGCUCAGAGAAUCUACUGCAUCUCCUUCUUCGCUGCAAAACAGUGUUUGACGACUUGGAGGGGGAGGAGAUGAGGCGAGCACGUACUCGAUCAAACCCUUAUGAAACAAUCCGAGGGGCUUUCUUUCUCAACAGAGCUGCUAUGAAGAUGGCCAACAUGGAUCAUGUUUUUGACUAUAUGUUCACUAACCCAAAGGAUUCUCAAGGGGUGAGACCACAGACGCGUGAUAAGGAUGGUGAGUUGCUGUAUUUUGGAGACGUGUGCGCAGGACCGGGAGGAUUCUCUGAGUAUGUGUUGUGGCGGCGGCGCUGGCAUGCGAAAGGUUUUGGGAUGACGCUCAAAGGAUCCAAUGAUUUCAAACUGGAAGAUUUCUAUGCUGCUCCCAGCGAGCUCUUUGAGGCCUACUAUGGUGAGGGUGGGAUUGAUGGCGAUGGUGACAUCACGCGGCCGGAAAACAUCACUGCGUUUCGUAACUUUGUCUUAGACAGCACUGAAGGGCGGGGCCUGCACUUCUUAAUGGCAGAUGGGGGUUUUUCUGUGGAGGGCCAAGAGAACAUUCAGGAGAUCCUGAGUAAACAGCUCCUUCUGUGUCAGUUCCUCACUGCCAUGUCUGUCGUCAGACCAGGUGGCCAUUUUGUGUGUAAGACGUUUGACCUGUUCACACCGUUCAGUGUGGGCUUGAUUUAUUUGCUGUACCUCUGCUUUGAGAGGGUCUCGCUCUUCAAACCCGUCACCAGCCGGCCUGCCAAUUCAGAGAGAUAUGUGGUGUGCAAGAGUUUAAAGCCAGGCACUGAUGCUGUCAGAGAAUAUAUGUUCACCAUCAACCUGAAACUGAAUCAGUUCCGACACUCAGACAGAGACGUUACCGAAGUCGUGCCUCUGGACAUCAUUAAAGGAGACACUGACUUCUUCCAAUUCAUGAUCAACUCCAACGAAAGCCAUUGUGCAGUACAGAUCAAAGCCCUGGCUAAGAUCCACACGUACGUCAGAGAUACGACACUGUUUGAGCCCAGGCAAGCAGACAUCCGCAAAGAAUGUUUCAAACUGUGGGGGAUUCCUGAUAAAGCCAGAGUCACUCCUCCAACAUCAGAUCCGAAAACAAAGUUCUAUGAGCUUGUGAAGGGCUCAGAUAUGGACAGUUUUAAUUCCAUACCAACUGCACUGAACUCAGGAAAUCUGGAUAAACUACAGCACGUACUGGACUACAGGUGCAUUGUGGGAGGAGGAGAACAGCUCUUUCUCCUGGGAUUUGGGAGAUCUCAGAUCUACACGUGGGACGGCAAAGCCCCGUCACGCUGGAAGAUGCUGGAGAACUUCAAACUGGAGCUGCCCAGAGACACACUACUGAGCGUAGAGAUCGUCCAGGAGCUGAAGGGAGAGGGAAAAGCCCAGAGAAGAAUCAACGCUGUGCACGUUCUCGAUGCUCUUGUUCUCAACGGCACUGACGUCAGAGAUCAGCACUUUAACCAGAGAAUACAGAUGGCCGAGAAGUUUGUGAAAGCUGUGUCCAAACCCAGCAGGCCAGACAUGAACCCCAUCCGAGUAAAGGAAGUCUAUAGGUUAGAGGAGAUGGAGAAGAUCUUUGUGAGGUUGGAAAUGAAGGUAACCAAGAGUUCGGGUGGGAUGCCAAGACUGUCGUACACAGGCAGAGAUGACCGUCACUUCCUCCCUAGCGGCCUUUACAUCAUCAAAACAGUCAAUGACCCAUGGACCAUGGCGUUCAGCAAAAGUUCUAAAAGAAAGUUUUUCUACAAUAAGCAGACCAAAGAAUCAACUUAUGCACUGCCGCCUGGUUCUGUGGCACCAUUCCAUGCAUGUCAUCAAGACAGGCUGUUUUGGGCUUGGGAGGAGGGUGUCCGAGUUCAUGACUCCCAGACGCGGGUCAACCCCGACAAACUGUCUAAAGAUGACGUACUUUCCUUUAUCCAUCAGCACUGUCAACAAUAAAAACACAAGUACACAUCACACGGAACAUAGCAUAGACUGGACGUUCUCCUCACCACCAGGGGGCACUGUAGCUUUCACCAGAGUCUGCUGAGAAACAUUCAAACUCAUUCAACGUGUUUCUUCACACUUCAAGGCUCUCUCCAAAAUAGCCCCUGUGAGUUAUACGACAGGGCGUCUUGGUGCUCGGUGGUGUGUAUCUGCGUGUGUCCAUUAUCUUCAGAGGAGAAAGAAACUUAGAUGACAUUGCUUUUCCCUUGUCCACAUGUUUUUUUCUCCUGAACUUCAAAACCUGCUUCCUCACAUGAAUUAUUCCUCCACUAAUCGAUCAGAUGUGUAGCUGCAGAUUCUACUCAUCAGUGCAAACCAUUAGAUAACCAUGUAAAACAGCAUGACAGUGUGCAUUCGCUCUACUGUGUGCAUGCGCUGCCUUGUUUUGCUCAUUUAGUUUUUUCAAACAUUAGAAUGGGUAUUACUUGCAACGUUAGAAUGGGUAUUACUUGCCAUUUCUGGUGGUUUUGGAAAAGGAUUUGAAUUUUAAACCUGUUUGUGAUGUUGAUUACAUUAAACCACUGAGGAAGUUUAUUCCUUGAGUAAUCGUGGUCCGCUUCAUUAUUCGUCUAUUGGGUUUAAAGUCAAUGAAAUGGAAGCAGCGACAGAUGUUUUCUUGCGUGUAAAAAAGAACAAAUGAAGGGCGG